GGGCACGCCAACCCCAGGGGGAACCAGCCCAUCAACCUGAACCAUUAUGCCACCAAGAAGAGUGUGGCUGAGAGCAUGCUGGACGUGGCGCUCUUCAUGUCCAACGCCACGCGGCUGAAAGCGGUGCUGGAGCAGGGGCCGACCGCUCAGUACUACACCACCCUCAUCACCCUCAUCAGCAUCUCUCUGCUCCUGCAGGUGGCCAUCGGGAUCCUCCUGGUGGUCAUUGCACGGCUGAACCUGAAUGAGGUAGAAAGUCAGUGGCGGCUAAACCAGCUCAACAAUGCUGCCACCACUUUGGUCUUCAUCACUGUGGUCAUCAACAUUUUCAUCACAGCCUUUGGGGCACAUAAGACAGGAUUCUUGGCUGCUAGGGCCUCAAGGAAUCCUCUCUGAACACAGCCAGG